GUUAUUCAAAUUGACCAUGAUUUGCGCUGGGAUUGUAUUCAUCAAAAUAUUGUUGAGAAUUGGGGUAGAAGAAAAUUAUCUUGCCAUAAUUCUUCUCUUGCAUCUGUUGCAGGGCUUAUCGUUGCUGGUGAUGUGUCAUUAGCUUGGUUCUCAUCUGUGUGUUGGUUGUCUCUUGUUUGUUCUUCUGUACUGGCUCAAUUCAUGUACUCGAGUUGA